AUGCAGUCCAUGCCAUUGCUGUUCCGACAGUCUCUCAGACACACUGUCACUCUAUCAAGACCCUCUGCUCGUGCCGUGCGAUCGCCGCUGCUGUCGGCCGUUGGCCCGAAAGCUCUUCCCGUCGGCAAUACGCUCCCGCGGAGAAGCUUCUCGGUCUGUCUGCAGUGCCAAUUCCGAAAACAGUCGGCUCUAUAUUCGAAUGAGACGGAUAAGCCUAAGGAUGAGAAGCCGGCGGAUCAGUCGGUGAAUGCAGAGUUGGCGGCGGCGGUUCGUGAGGGGAUCCUGAAGACUACUGAGGCGGAUGCGGGGAGCAGCAGCACCAGCAGCCAGGGAUCUCCCUCCGCCGCGGAGAACACAACUACACAGAAACCUGAACGGCCUGAGCCAAGGAAGGAUGAGGGUACAGAGCGCGGAUCAGAAAGUGACGGGAGUCUACCGUCGUAUAUGGAGAAUCGCAGAUCGCAGUUUGCGAAACAGUUCGGGACUAUGAUGGAUAACCUGCAGUCGAAUGUUUUCGUGGCAGGCCAGCGACUGAACGAUUUGACUGGGUAUUCGUCAAUUGAGGCGCUCAAGAAUGAGAUUCACAUUCAAGAGGAACGCCUGCGCACCGCCCGUCUCCGAGUCCGCGAAACCAAAGAUGCCUACUCCGCCGCUAUCAACCGACGAUCGACCUCCCAGCGUGAAGUCAACGAGCUCCUUCAGCGCAAACAUGCCUGGUCGCCUGCGGACCUGGAACGCUUCACCCAUCUCUACCGGAACGACCACACCAACGAAGUCGCCGAGAACGAGGCCCAGGAGGCCUUGUCUUCGGCGGAGCGCGAAUCGGAAGAGGCCGCUGCACAGCUGAGCCGCUGCAUCCUCUCCCGAUACCACGAGGAACAGGUUUGGUCGGACAAGAUCCGUCGCAUGAGUACAUGGGGCACAUGGGGGCUGAUGGGGGUCAACGUGCUCCUUUUCCUCAUCUUCCAGAUCGCCGUCGAACCCUGGCGCCGCAAGAGGCUGGUCAAGGGCUUCGAGGAGAAGGUCAUCGAAGCCAUUGAGAAAGAGAAGGUCAUGACCCAAACCCAAAUCAUUAGUCCGGUGGUGGCCCAGCAGCAGCAGCAGCCCGAGCAAUCGGCCGUCGCCACCACUACCCCCGAAGUCGCAGAACCAUCCUCUACGCCGACAUCUGAUAUCCAGGAGCAGCCUGCUGCCUCCAAUGUCAGUCCUGUAGCACCCGCCGAAUCGGCCUCUACCUCCUCCCCCUCCACGCCAAUCGAACCCACUCCCUCCGCCGAGCCCACCUCCGCCUGGAACGAUACCAUCAAAUCCCAAAUGUCGCGCCUCUCCUCUCCUCAAUCCGUCGAAUCCUGGCGCCAGUACUUCCACGACCUCUUCAGCGACCGCAGCAUCACCAUCACGCAGCGGGAUCUAUCAUCCGUGGCUCUGCAAAGUGCCGCUGCCGGCGCGGCCAUCAUGGGCCUUGUCAUUGCACUGAUACGACCGCGAUGA